UUGCGGCUGGUGCUUCAUGCUGGAGCGUGUGUGGUUCAGAUGAGCUCCGGACUCGAGCUGAACAUGCGAGAAUAAGCGCCGAACGAACACCGAAGCAUGGCCGAGCAGAUACACCCUUGAGCCGGACACCAGAACACCCGCUCUGCAGCUCCGGCGCUCGGCCAACAUCAUGGACGACAGCACCGUGCGGGUGGCGCUCAGGAUUCGUCCUCAGCUGGCGAAGGAGAAGAUCGAGGGAUGCCACAUCUGCACGUUUGUGAUGCCCGGCGAACCGCAGGUGGUUCUGGGUAAAGAUAAAGCCUUCACAUAUGAUUAUGUGUUUGAUAUGGACUCCACGCAGGACAACAUCUACUCCAACUGCACAGAGAAGCUGAUCGAGGGCUGUUUUGAGGGAUACAACGCCACCAUAUUUGCAUACGGACAGACGGGCUCAGGGAAGACGUACACCAUGGGCACAGGCUUUGACGUGGCGAUCCUGGAUGAGGAGUUGGGCAUCAUCCCACGCGCCGUCACACACCUCUUUAAAGGCAUUGAGCAGAGACGACAGCAGGCGGAAGAGCAGAGCCGACCCGUACCUGAGUUUAAGAUCAGCGCUCAGUUCCUGGAGCUGUAUAAUGAGGAGGUGCUGGACCUGUUUGACACCACACGCGACAUGGAGUCCAGAAAGCAGAAAUCACACAUUAAAAUCCACGAGGACGCCAGCGGAGGAAUCUACACGGUCGGAGUGACGACGAGAAACGUCUCCUCUGAGGCCGAGAUGAUGCAGUGUUUAAAGCUCGGCGCUCUCUCCCGCACCACCGCCAGCACGCAGAUGAACGUCCAGAGCUCACGAUCUCACGCCAUCUUCACCAUCCACAUCUGCCAGAUCCGUGUCUGCGCACCCGCUGACAGCCCUCCAGAGCAGGACAACGAGACGGACAAUCGCCUGGCCGGCAGCACGUCUGAGAUGGAGGAGUUUGAAACGCUGACGGCAAAGUUUCACUUCGUGGAUCUGGCCGGCUCAGAGAGGCUGAAGAGAACCGGAGCCACUGGGGAGCGAGCCAAAGAGGGAAUCUCCAUCAACUGCGGACUGUUGGCGUUGGGGAACGUGAUCAGUGCUUUAGGAGACAGAAGCAAGCGCUCGACGCAUGUGCCUUACAGAGACUCCAAACUCACCCGCCUCCUGCAGGACUCACUGGGCGGAAACAGUCGGACCGUGAUGAUCGCCUGCAUCAGCCCGUCCGAUCAGGACUUCAUGGAGACGCUGAACACACUGAAGUACGCUAACAGAGCGCGCAACAUCAAGAACAAGGUGAUGGUGAACCAGGACCGGGCCAGCCAGCAGAUCAGCGCACUGCGAACGGAGAUCGCCAGACUGCAGAUGGAGCUGAUGGAGUACAGGACGGGGAAGCGUAUGGUUGGAGAGGACGGGCUGGAGAGCAUUAAUGACAUGUUCCAUGAGAACUCGAUGCUGCAGGUGGAGAACAACAAUCUGCGCAUGCGAGUGAAGGCCAUGCAGGAGGCCAUCGACGCUCAGGGGGCCAGACUCACUCAGCUGCUCAGCCAACAGGCCAAUCAGCUCCUUGCCAGAGCAGGUGAAGGCAGUGAGGAGAUUGGAAAUAUGAUUCAGAAUUACAUUAAGGAGAUCGAGGAUCUGAGAGCCAAACUAUUGGAGAGUGAGGCGGUGAAUGAAAACCUGAGGAGAAACCUGACCCGAGCGUCCAGCCGUCCUCAGUUCUACGGAGCGUCCGGAAGCUUCUCUCCGGCCCUGCUGGGACCUGACCCUAGCCAGGAGACCAGCGACAUCAUCGAGAUCGCUAAAAAAGACCUGGAGAAGCUCAAGAGGAGGGAGAAGAAGAAGAAGAAGAGACUCCAGCAACUGCUGGCUGACAAGAGAGACGAGGAUGAGGACGAGGAGGAAGAGGAAGAGGUGGAGGAAGACAGUGCCAACAAGGAUGAGACUCAAGAAGACGGAGAACAGAAGACUGAGAGAGAGCAUUCAGAAUCAACCAAUCAGGAGCCAGAGAUGGAGGCCAGCGACCGUGAGGAAGGGGAUGGAGAAGAAGAUGAGGAAGAUGUGGAGGAAGAGGAGAUGGAGGCUGAGGAGAGCUCUGAAGAGACGGACUCUGAGCUCGAUGAGAAGGAGGACUUCCAGGCAGAUCUGGCCAACAUCACGUGUGAAAUCGCCAUCAAGCAGAAGCUGAUCGACGAGCUGGAGAACAGUCAGAGGCGUUUACACACGCUAAAACAACAGUACGAACACAAACUCAUGAUGCUGCAGAGCAAGAUCCGCGAUACACAGCUGGAGAGAGACCGCGUUCUGCACAGCAUGGGCUCGGUGGAGUCAUGCUCUGAGGACAAAACCAAGCGGAUAAAAGCCGAGUACGAGAAGAAGCUCAGCGUCAUGAAUAAGGAGCUUCAGAAACUGCAGGCAGCGCAGAAAGAGCACGCUCGCCUGCUGAAGAACCAGUCGCAGUAUGAGAAGCAGCUGAAGAAACUACAGCUUGACCUGACAGAGAUGAAGAAGACAAAAGUCCGUCUGAUGAAGCAGAUGAAGGAGCAGCAGGAGAAGAGCAGAAUGGCUGAAUCCCGCAGAAACAGAGAGAUCGCCUCGCUCAAGAAGGACCAGCGCAAACAGGAGCAUCAGCUCAAACUGCUGGAGGCGCAGAAGAGACAACAGGAGCUCAUCCUGCGCAGGAAAACCGAGGAGGUCACAGCUCUGAGGCGGCAGGUGCGGCCCAUAUCAGGAAAGGUCACCCGAAAGGUCAAUCUGUCAGAGCCGAACUUUGACCUUUCUCACAGACCACCUGCAGGUCGCACAUACGGUUCAGGAGCGCCUAAUGGGACCAGAUUGUACCAUCGCAGAGCAGCGGGGAUAUAUUCCACCCGAGUGGCUCGUGGGAAAUGGCAGAGUCUGGAGCGGCGGAUCUCAGACAUUAUAAUGCAGCGAAUGACCAUUUCCAACAUGGAGGCCGACAUGAAUCGCUUACUGAAGCAACGGGAAGAGCUGACGCGGCGGCGGGAUAAGAUCAGCAGGAAGAGAGAGCGACUGCUGGCGGACGAACCUGAGGUGGAAAAACACCUUCAACCUGUGAACGAGGAGCUGGAGUCUCUGCUGGCCAACAUCGACUACAUCAACGACAGCAUCUCCGACUGCCAGGCCAACAUCAUGCAGAUGGAGGAGGCCAAGGAGGAGGGUGAUGCUGUUGAUGUCUCCGCUGUGAUCAGCUCCUGCACUCUGGCCGAAGCUCGAUUCCUUCUGGACCAUUUCAUGUCCAUGGCCCUCAAUAAGGGUCUUCAGGCAGCUCAGAAGGAGUCUCAGAUAAAGAUAAUGGAGGGACGGCUCAAGCAAACUGAGAUCAACAGCGCAACCCAAAACCAGCUGCUCUUCCACAUGCUGAAGGAGAAGGCAGAGUUUAACCCGGAGCUGGAUGCGUUACUCGGGAACGCUCUUCAAGAACUAGGUAACAUGCCCUUGGAAAAUGGAGAUGACAGUAGUAGUGACGAGUCAACCCCAAGUCCUGCAGUGGAAGGAAACACCCUGGCCUCGGACCUCAUGAAGUUAUGUGGCGAGACUAAAUCUAGGACUAAGGCCCGAAGAAGGACGACUACUCAGAUGGAGUUGCUUUAUGUGAACAACUGCGACUCUGGUCAAGACGCACCAACAAAAGACUUCAGCAUCCCUCUACACCCAAUGGCUGAGACAUCCGAGGGAUCUGGAGAGCUGGAGUCUGCAGGGAAUACAGUCAGGGAUCGGGAUUACAUGCCCUCUCCUGCUGGUUUGACCUCUAGAAUGGGUGGCAUUAGCAGCUCUGGCAACAGAUUUCCAGCAGGUGGGCAAAAGAGAGUGCCGGAACCUUCCCCUCUGUCUCGCAGGAAGACUUAUGACAAGGGACAAGCCCAGGCUGACAAGGCCAAAACCAAAGAGAUCUCACAAGGCGUCAUCAACCCUGUUCCGGUGUGGAAGAGCACUCGCGGCGGUGGUGGCGGGACCCUCCAGUGUGUUCAUGUGGCCGAGGGUCACAGUAAAGCCGUUCUGUGUGUCGAAUCUACAGACGACCUCAUGUUCACCGGAUCUAAAGAUCGUACCUGUAAAGUGUGGAAUCUGGUGACGGGACAGGAGAUCAUGUCUCUGGGCGGCCACCCUAACAACGUUGUAUCGGUGCGCUACAGCUCAAGUCUGGUCUUCACCGUCUCCACCUCCUACAUCAAAGUCUGGGACAUCAGAGACUCUGCCAAGUGCAUCCGGACACUCACCUCGUCAGGUCUGGUGAACACUGGUGAUAUGUGUGCCGCUAGCACCAAUCGCACUGUGACCAUACCGGCUGGAGAAAACCAGAUAAACCAGAUCUACCUGAACCCGUCCGGCACUGUUCUAUACGCCGCUGCCGGAAACUCUGUCCGUGUCUGGGACCUGAGACGGUUUGUGUGUACUGGAAAACUAACGGGUCAUCUGGGUCCAGUCAUGUGCUUGACUGUUGAUCAGACUGGAAAUGGACAGGAUCUGGUCAUCACGGGCUCCAAGGAUCACUACAUCAAGAUGUUUGAUGUGACGGAGGGCGCAGUGGGGAGCAUCAGCCCCACUCAUAACUUCGAGCCGCCACACUAUGAUGGCAUCGAGUCUCUGGUGGUUCAGCGAGACUGUCUGUUCAGCGGCUCCAGAGACAACGGCAUCAAGAAAUGGGACCUGACCCGCAAAGACCUGCUGCAGCAGGUCCCGAACGCUCAUCGCGAUUGGGUGUGUGCUCUGGGAGUGGUCCCGGCAUCUGCCAUCCUGCUGAGCGGCUGUCGAGCAGGAGUCCUGAAACUCUGGCACACCGACACACUGAGCCCCCUGGGGGAGAUCAGAGGACACGAGAGUCCCAUCAACAGCAUCUCCACCAACAGCACGCAUCUGUUCACCGCCGCCGAUGACCGGACAGUGAAGAUCUGGCGUGCGAGAGGGAGUCUGGAUGGAUCUGCAGAUGUGGGCGACACCAUGGAGGAGGGCGUCAGUAACUGAGUUUUACUACAGUAACCCAGCUGCCAAAGACAUUUGCACUUUGACCCCCCCAGGAAAACCUGGAUAACCAAUCGAAUCUGCUCACCACGGUUCCUCUGGACGUUUCCCAGAGUUCAUUGCUUCGAUAGUGAUGCCCCGCAAUUAAGCAAAGUCGACGUCACACGUUAUAAAAACAAAGCUCUUUGUGCUUAAAAUAACCCAGCAGCAGGGUUAAUUCUAACAAUCAUGAAGAUGGCACUGAAAACAGACCUGCUGACGUGGAGUUUGAGGAACCGGAUCUUCUGUAGCGGGCUUCAGUUUUCCGGUUCUUGAAGACAUUCUGGAGUGGUAAAGACGCUUGUGGAGGAGUCUGAGGGAAUCUCACAUAAACACAAUAGAGGUCAUUUGUUCAGCUCUAAAUAGGAAAUCAAUAACGAAGGGAGAAAUGAUUUGCAUAAACAUAAGAAGGCUAAUUUCUGCACUUUUUUUGGCAUUGUGAACAUGCUUUGCAUUAUGGCACAUUUUCCCACAAUACCUACUACUGUAAUGAGAAAAAAAUCUGAAUAUGUUCAUUCUGUAUAAAAAACCUUGUUAUUAGUUGCUGACCGUAAUAAUACUGAUUGAAGAAAUAUAUAAAACUAGAAAUCAUACAUAAUAUAAAUGUAGCAUUUAUAGCUGUGCCGAAAAAUCAACCGAGAAAUCCCUUCUGAGCUUGGCUUUGAAAAGUAGACGCUGCUCAAGGCUGGUUUUAACAGCAGAGGGCUCUCUAGGCUAGUUUAAACAGCAGACGGCGCUCUAGACUAGUUUUAACAGCAGACGACGCUCUAGGCUAGUUUAACUGCAGAUGGCGCUCUAGGCUAGUUUUAACAGCAGAUGGCGCUCUAGACUAGUUUUAUCAGCAGAUGUCGCUCUAGACUAGUUUUAACAGCAGAUGGUGCUCUAGGCUAGAUUAACAGCAGACGACGCUCUAGACUAGUUUUAUCAGCAGAUGGCACUCUAGGCUAGUUUAACUGCAGAUGGCACUCUAGGUUAGUUUUUAACAGCAGAUGGAGCUCCAGGCUAGUUUUUAACAGCAGACGGCGCUCUAGACUAGUUUUACCGCAGAUAGCGCUCUAGACUAGUUUUAACAGCAGAUGGCGCUCUAGACUAGUUUCAACAGCAGAUGGCACUCUAGACUAGUUUUAUCAGCAGAUGGCGCUCUAGACUAGUUUUAUCAGCAGAUGGCGCUCUAGACUAGUUUUAUCAGCAGAUGGCGCUCUAGGCUAGUUUAACUGAAGAUGGCGCUCUAGACUAGUUUUAUCAGCAGAUGGCGCUCUAGGCUAGUUUAACUGAAGAUGGCGCUCUAGGCUAGUUUUAACAGCAGAUGGCGCUCUAGACUAGUUUUAACAGCAGAUGGCGCUCUAGGCUAGUUUUAUCAGCAGAUGGCGCUCUAGACUAGUUUUAACAGCAGAUGGCACUCUAGGCUAGUUUUUAACAGCAGAUGGAGCUCCAGGCUAGUUUUUAACAGCAGAUAGCGAGUGCCAUCUGCUGUUAACUAACAGAAUCAGUGGAUUCAAGAGAGAACAGGGAUGCAGAAUUAAUUUCUCAAUUGAUUUUCGACACAGCUCUAGUGGCAUUUAUAGUAAUGUAAACGUAAUAUACAUUUAAACUGUUGCAUUUCAGAUAGGUUAACAAUGCAAAUGACUUAAGAUUUGGCUUUCCUUUCCUAAAGAUAUGACUGCUUAUUAUGGAUAUUUCUGUGGUGUUGAUUGUCUUUCUCCUCGCCUGACUGGAAUCACCACGACCUUAAACAAGCUCUGUAUUUUGCCUAAUCCAAUUCAUGAAUCAUAUGGUGACCAAAUUAGGAAGCCAUUUUCACACAUCACACACAGUAUAUAUUAUAUCAGUGUAGACCAUAACACUAUAGGAACUCGCAUAUGGCUCUCCUCACUCGUUCUGUGUUGUUGUCAGUCCAUUAACACUUUUCUGCUGAGAUCUCCUUGUGUCUGCACCUAUUGGGUCUGUGUAGUGUUCACAUUAAUGCACUAGAUACUGUACUGUAUAUAUAUGUAUAUUUAUAUUCACACACCGUACUCAGUCGUGAGAGGAGAUUUACUCGUGCCUGAACCACUUAUCUAUGUAGAGCAGAGCUUUUCUCCACUAAAUGUGCUAGUUUACAUGUCAGAAUGUCUGGCGGCGUUGUGAUCGAUGAAAUAAACAUAUGAAGACGGACUGGAAAGCUUUUGUAAGCAGUUGUUCAAAGCUCUUAGUUUUCCGGCCGUGCUCCAGCCUUCUGUAUUUCUGACUGACUCUGAGCUUUAGUUGUCAACACAAUGUUAGCCGAUAGUGAUUUGAAUGUCAGAUGUCAACUGAAUUAAACGUCAUCUGUCAAAAACCCA